AGCAAUUUGCGCAACAUAAAUUCCAUUAUUCUACUCCGUUUGGGUACGUAAAAAACCAUGGAAUUUUGUGGCCGGAAUACUCGUUUUGGAAAUGUCCGCCGUUCAUAGCCUCCGGUUAAGAAACACAAUCGCCGACCGGUGGAAGUUUUGAUUGGAUUGGCUUUGGAGUCCACUUCUGUACGAGGCUUCUACGAGUCACCACUGCAAUCGGUUUUGGGGAAGGAACACUGGGUUUAAGAGUUGAGUUUUUCUGUUUAAGGUGGUUUUGUGAUGAAGUCCGAUGACACGACAUGAUUGGUUAGCAGAUCCAGUAAAUGAUUGUAAUUCGUGAUUAUAGGUGUCACUUUUGGCUUUAUGGGAAUGGGGUCUUCUCUUCUUGCAUUGUAUUUGACCUGGAGUUGUCCACGGCCGUAUAGAAUUCAGCAUUGAAAGGAAUUGUGGUUUUGGUGGAUUUUAAUUUGAUUUUUGCCCUGAAUCGAUAUUGGGUUUGUAAUGAUUCUAUCAUAGAACUUGAUCGAUUUAGCCGAUUGGUGUUGGUUGGUGAGUGGUAACAGCAAGAGUUUGUUGUAUCACUUCUGACUUCAGUGUUCAAAAUUAAUUCAAUUCUUGGAAAACUGAUUGUUUUCCUGGGAAGCUACAGGAGAUGAAACUCGAAGUUGUGGGGUUGGAGGUAUAAUGACUGGAGGGUCAUUGGGUCUUCGUACGGGAAGCUAUACAUCACUGCAGCAACACCUACAAAAUGGUGCUUUGCAAAGUUCAGCAACGUCAUUACUCGUGCACAAGCCUUCGAAAAGCAUUCUUUCAAGUUCAAGAGAGAGGGAGAGAGUUAUUCCCUUGUUUUGUCGAUACUUUGGUCGGAGAAGGGUUGCAAUGCUCCUCUUAUUCAUCCUUGCUCUUUUGGUUUUUGUAUUUGGAUCCUUUGCAGUCAGUAGAGAUAGCACCGAUUUGAAGGCACCUUAUGAAGAAACUACACGAAUAGAUUUAAUAAAUCCUGUUGUUUCUAGAACAGAAAACUUCAAGGAUAAUGUAACUUCUACACAUGGGAAUUUGAUUGGAACAAAUGAAAACUCAUCCCUGCUCCCUCCUUUACCUCAUUCAAAUCGUUCUCUAAUUGCUGGUAUUUUUCCUCGACGUUCCCUUCCAUCACCGCAUCCAUGCAAAAACUUUGCAAUUCCGCCUCCGGCUCCAGCUAAUGGAAAGCGAACUGGAGCACGUCCGUGUCCAGUAUGUUAUAUCCCUGUGGAGCAGGCUAUUUCUAGUAUGCCGAGUGCACCAUCAAUAUCUCCCGUACUACGUAGUUUAACAUAUAUUCGUGAUGAAAAUCCAAUGAAAACAGAACCACAUGGGGGGUCUGAUUUUGGUGGAUAUCCUUCUUUAAGACAGAGAAAUGAUUCUUUUAAUAUAAAAGAGUCGAUGACAGUUCACUGUGGAUUUGUUAAAGGAAGCAAACCUGGCAAUCAGAGUGGCUUCGAUAUUGAUGAAGCUGACCUUUUGGAGUUGGAGGAGUUUCAUGAGGUCAUUGUUGCAUCAGCCAUAUUUGGAAACUACGAUGUACUACAGCAGCCUGUUAAUAUUAGUGAAGAAUCGAAAAAAAGUGUUCCUUUCUACAUGUUCAUUGAUGAAGAGACAGAAGCAUAUAUGAAGAAUUCUAGUCUCUUAAAUGGCAAAAAUAGGGUUGGCUUGUGGAGAAUCAUUGUUGUUCGUAAUGUUCCUUAUGCUGAUUCAAGACGAAAUGGCAAGAUUCCCAAGCUUCUUCUGCAUAGGCUUUUCCCUAACAUUCAAUACUCAAUAUGGAUAGAUGGAAAACUUCAGCUUGUUGUGGAUCCAUAUCAAAUACUUGAGAGGUUCCUGUGGCGUCAAAAUGCAACUUUUGCAAUUUCAAGACACUAUAAACGAUUUGAUGUCUUUGAAGAGGCUGAUGCAAAUAAGGCUGCUGGAAAGUAUGACAAUUCCUCCAUUGAUGAGCAGAUUAAUUUUUAUGUUAGCGAGGGUCUAACACCAUAUUCUUUGGCUAAGCUUCCUAUAACUAGUGAUGUUCCUGAAGGUUGUGUUCUAAUCCGAGAACAUAUUCCAAUAACGAAUUUAUUCACUUGCCUUUGGUUCAAUGAAGUCGAUCGUUUUACUUCAAGAGAUCAGUUAAGCUUCUCCAUGGUGAGAGAUAAGAUAAUGUCAAGAGUCAAUUGGGGCAUUGACAUGUUCUUGGACUGCGAAAGGCGCAAUUUUGUAAUACAGACAUAUCAUAGAGAAUUACUGGAACACAUGCCACCUCCUUCCGUAGCAGUUAUUCGCCAUCCUCCACCACGGACGCCUGCUGGUCGUACUGUUCCAAAGCCUCCAGUUCAUAUUGUUCUAAAGGCUCCAGUAAAGAGAAAUCCUUCCAAGCGAGGAAGGGGCGAUAAGAGGUCCACUUCGAAGCGACACCGUAAAGUUACUCCUGGACAUAGAGAGGAUAAUUUGUUCUAAUUUAAUUCAUAUAAAAAAGAGAAUGUUCUUCUUUUUGCCCUUUUGACAUUUUUAGUUUCAUUCUCAUUCACUCAAAUUUUACAUCUCAAUACAGGGAGAUCUGGUUUAGAUGUAGAGCAUGGUUUGAUGGGACAAGAUGAUACCAAUUUUGUACUGGAAGUUGUUGAUAUAUAUAUAUACACAUAUAUAUAUUGGUUUCUGUUGUACAUAUGAAAGUUUAUCCCUUUUAUCUA